AUGACUCAGAGGAAUGAUGUCAUGUUCGGGCUUAUCAUGGCAUCUACCCUUCGACUCGCCCGCAUCAUGGCGGGGCAGAUUCUGGACAAGGGCUGUCUGAAAGCCCACUGUCUGAAGCGGCCGACUGAUGCCGCCAAGGUCUUGGAGUACUGGUCCCCUGCUCCUCUGCCUGAGGGGGACCCUGGCAAGGAUGCCGCCGCUCCCGUUGAGCUACGUCAGCCGGCGGAGGAGGAGAUAGAUUUCUCCUCCGACUCCUCCGUGGGGAGCGAGUCGGAGGUGGAGAUCACCGAAGCCUCGGGGCCGCCAUCGUCGGCCGUCCCGAGGAGGAAGAUGUGCCACGCCGUGAAGAAGAUCCCGCUGUCGAAGGCGUUGUUUACGGCGGCGCAGCAGUCGCUGAAGAGCUCGACCCGCAAGGGGACGAGCAAAGUCCAGGGAGCGUCGGCACCCCCGUCCACUGCUGUAGUGGGGUCGGCAUCGGCCGGCCCUCAGGACGAGAAGGAAGCGGCCCAGGAACUGGGCCAGGUAGGCGGGGAAGUGACACCCCCGCAUACGAGUUCUAGAGCUCAGCCGGCCGCGCCGCUGAAGCACAAAUUUGCAUUGUGCCGGAGCGGUGGGAGGGUGUCGCUCAGCGGCACCAAGAGGAAGGCGGAGGGGUCGUCCACCGAGGGCGGCUCCAGUGAUGCCGCACUACUGACCUCGCCGCGGGCGAGUCCGGCGAAGAGCCACGCCCGCCACGAGGAGGAGGAGAAGAAGAAGGAGCAUGAGACCAGAAAUAGGGUCUCCCCUCCUCUCCAGGACGUGGAGAUGCAGGAUCCGCCCAUGACGAAGAGGCGGCGCACAUGGACCCCACCGGCGAAGGAGGAGGCCGAGGAGGACGAAGGCGAGGAGGGAGACGGCACUGUCUCCGACAAGCUCGUGACAUCCGCCAAGCUCGCCCAAGGGUUGGUCGAGACUUUGGUGGAGCUGUCGGAGCAGGCCGCCCAGGAGCUGGCCGAGAGGAGCAACACCGUCGGCCGGGUGGCGGAGCUCGAGGCCAAGGUGGCCGAGCUGGAGGUGCAGGGCCACCGGCUGGAGGCCGAGAGGGUGAAGGCCGAGACGGCUCUGCGCAAGGAGAAGCGCGAGCUGGAGCCCUGCACCAAGGCCAACAAGGAGCUGCAAAAGUUCCGGGAGGUGGCUGAGGCCCGGGAGGCCGCCACCGAGGAGAAGCUUCGCCUGGAGCUCACCCAGCCAAGAGCUUCUUUUGCAGAAGUGGACGAUCAAGCGGCGCAAGGCCGGGCGACACUGGAUCGCCUAAGCAGGCCGCUAGAGGCUCUGCUUGGGGCGUUCGAGCCCGAGGGCGUGGUGGCGGCCGAGAGCCUAUCUGAGAGGCUGGAGGCAUCCCGUGGCCGACUGAAGGCCUUCGUCAAGGGAGCUGCCAGGGAUGCCGUGCAGCAUACGCUGGGAUUGGUGAAGUCCCAUCUCCCGGAGGCAGAUCUGGAGCCAGUGGGAGACGACAUUCCUGAAGACUGCUCCAAUGCAGAUUAG